AUGGCGUUCGUCACGCGUGUGUUCAAAUCUUAUCCUAGAAUGUUCCUGACUGAGAAUCUCCCCCCUUUCAUUCACUGGACUCAAAAUGCAUUUCGGAUUGCUGAGCCACUGGCAAAUUGCAUGAACAUCGCACGCAUGUGGGUGGCACAGACUCCUGAGAGCGCAGCGAUGGUACCAUCACUCUCAAGUGGAGAUCCGAGGCUGAAACGAGGCAAGCAGCGUGCAUUUUCCGGCCACCUGGAACUCUUGGCUAUACUACAGGGCUACCUUCUCUACGCCAUAAUGCUCUUCUCCUCAGCGAAUGCUGCCAGCCUGGUUGAACAAGAUAUCAUGAUCAAACUCCAAGAUUUAGCAGGCGAUCUCGCAAGCAGAGGAACACUCUGUCCUGCCGAGACAACCAGCAGCCGGCCCGACUGGGAAUCAUGGAUUGUCGCUUCCGCAAAACGAAGAACACUCUUCGCUACCUAUCUAUUUGACAACCUGGUCAACUUCAGCGUGGGCUCGCCAUCCUUUGUUGCCGUAGAGCUAACUGGGCUCCCAGCUCCCGCGAGCAAGACUCUAUGGAAUGCACGGGAUCGUCAAUCUUGGAGUACGGCGUAUAAUCAACAGCUAGGCCUCUGGAGCGACGGGGAGCUACUCAUCAAUGAUCUCUGGCCACAGCAUGACCCUAUUCCAGCGCCGAUGCGACAGAAAAAGAUCGAUAAUUGGCUGUCGUCCGUAGACGAAUUUGGUAUGAUGUUAUACGCCGUAACGACUCAUACCUACGGUGAAGUUUGA